AUGGCGGAGAGCCCGGGGCGGCCCCCGGAGAGCAGCGGUGUCCCGCGGCAGGGAGGCGAGGGCUCGGCGGCGGCCGGGGCUCGGGCCGGGCUGUGCCCCGAGGGCGCGGCCGAGCCCCCGGACGGGCCCGCGGAGCGGCCGCGGCGGAGCGCGGAGGCGGCGCCGGAGCCGCCCGGGGACAGCGGCUCCCCCGAGAGCCCGGGGACACCGAGCGAGGAGCAGCGGGAGCCCGGGGACAGCCCGGGGCACCAGGGGCAGCCGGGGGUGAUGGACGGGCCCGAGGGCUCCGCGGUGGCCAGGGCCGAGCCUGAGGGAGAGGCGGGGACGGAGCCUGAAGGGGCAGCCCCGGGGGCGAUGGAGCCCGGGGACACGGCUGAGAGCCCGGCGGGGAUGGAGCCCGGGGACACGGCUGAGAGCCCGGCGGGGAGGGAGCCCGGGGACACGGCUGAGAGCCCGGCGGGGAUGGAGCCCCGGGACACGGCUGAGAGCCCGGCGGGGAGGGAGCCCGGGGACACGGCUGAGAGCCCGGCGGGGAUGGAGCCCCGGGACACGGCUGAGAGCCCGGCGGGGAGGGAGCCCGGGGACACGGCCGCGGUUCCGACGGGGAUGGCGCAGGAAGAGGCAGCUCCGGCAGCCACAGAGCCCGAGGAUGGCGCCGCGGCCCCGGCAGGGACGGAGCCCGAGGGCGCAGGGGCUGCUCCGACGGGGACGGAGCCAGAAAAAGCAGCACCGGCCGGGACGGAGCCCGAGGGAGAGGCGGUGGCACCGGCGGGGACGGAGCCCGAAAAAGCAGCUCCGGCCGGGACGGAGCCUGAGGGAGAGGCGGUGGCACCGGCGGGGACGGAGCCCCAGGUGAGAGAGGCGGUGAGGGAGAGAGAGCCCCAGGAGCCGGCCACGACUGUCCCGGCAGAAGCAGAGCCUGAGGAGGCUGCGGCGACUGCCCCGGCGGGGACAGAGCCCGGGGAAGCACAGGCGACAAUCCCAGGCGGGACAGAGCCCGGAGAAGCACAGGCGACAACCCCGGUGGGGACAGAGCCCGGGGAAGCAGAGGCGACAAUCCCGGCGGGGACAGAGCCCGGGGAAGCAGAGGCGACAAUCCCGGCGGGGACAGAGCCCGGGGAAGCACAAGCGACAAUCCAGGUGGUGACAGAGCCCGGGGAAGAACAGGCGACAAUCCCGGUGGGGACAGAGCCCGGGGAAGAACAGGCGACAGCCCCGGCGGGGACAGAGCCCGGGGAAGCAGAGGCGACAAUCCCGGUGGGGACAGAGCUCGGAGAAGCAGAGAGGACAGCACCAUCGAGGACAGAGCCCGGAGAAGAACAGGCGACAAUCCCGGUGGGGACAGAGCCCGGGGAAGCAGAGGGGACAGCACCAUCGAGGACAGAGCCCGGAGUGGCGCUAGGACAGGCGGGGACAGAGGGAGCAGAGCCCGAGGAGGCUGUCGCGACAGCCCCGAUCGGGACAGAUCCCGAGGAAGCUCUGAGGGAGGAAGCCCCGCCGGGGACAGUCCCUGAAGAUGCCGUGCAAGAGGCAGCCCCGACGGGGACAGAGCCCGAGGGGGCCGCAGUGACAGCUCCAGCGGGGACAGCCCCCGAGGAUGCAGUGCAGGAGCCAGCCCCGGCUGAUGUGGCAGUCCCUGAGGAGAGGGUGGCCCCGGUGGGGACAGACCCCGAGGAUGAGGUGCAGGAGCCAGCCCCGGUUGCUGUGACAGUCCCCGAAGAGGCGUUGGGGACAGUCCCUAAGGAUGAGCUGCAGGAAGCAGUUCCGGCUGGGACAGUUCCCGAGGAGGGGGCGGCCCCGCUGGGGACAGUCCCCAAGGAUGCGGUGCAGGAGGGAGCUCCAGCAGGGACCGUCCCUAAGGAUGAGGUGCAGGAGGCAGCCCCGGCAGGGACAGUCACCGAGGAGGUGCUGGGGACAAUUCCCAAGGAUGCGAUGCAGGAGACAGCCCCGGAUGAUGUGACAAUCCCAGAGGAUGAGGUGCAGAAGGCAGCCCCGGGUGAUGUGACAAUCCCCGAGGAUGCGGCGCAGGAGGGAGCUCCAGCAGGGACAGUCCCCGAGGAGGUGCUGGGGACAGUCCCUGAGGAUGCGACCCCGGCUGGGACAAUCCCCGAGGAUGCGGUGCAGGAGGCAGCCCCGGGUGAUGUGACAAUCCCAGAGGAUGGGAUGCAGGAGGCAGCCCCGGGUGAUGUGACAAUCUCCAAGGAUGGGAUGCAGGAGGCAGCCCCGGGUGAUGUGACAAUCCCCGAGGAUGCGGUACAGAAGACAGCCCCGGGUGAUGUGACAAUCCCCAAGGAUGCGGUGCAGAAAGCAGCCCCGGAUGAUGUGACAAUUCCCGAAGACGAGGUACAGAAGACAGCCCCGGAUGGUGUGACAAUCCCCAAGGAUGGGAUGCAGGAGGCAGCCCCGGGUGAUGUGACAAUCCCCAAGGAUGGGAUGCAGGAGGCAGCCCCGGAUGGUGUGACAGUCCCCCCGGCAGGGACAGUCCCUGCGGAGCCUGCCGAGCUCCGCGGAGCAGCUCAGGUGCCCUUGCCCUCCCAGGGGCUCCCGGCUGGCGGUCCCCGGUCCCCGGGCGGCCCCGGUGGCGAGGCGGAGGCGGAGCGGGGACCGCCAGCCCCGGCGGGGACAGCAGCCCCGGGGCCCGAGAGCGGCUGGGAUCGGAGCCUGAACGGGGAGCGGCACCGGGAGCGGCACCGGGAGGACGGGACGGGCUCGCCGGGCGCCCCGGAGGAGGAGGAGGAGAAGCAGGACCACGACAUCUCCCUCUUCGUUAAGGUAGGGGUGAGGGGCUGCGGGGAAUCUCCGCUGGGAAUUUCCCCUUCCAGGACCCUGUGGGGAGGAAUUUAA